ACUGCAGUUAAUUUGCAUGGUAAUUUCUUCAUAAAACAUUAAAUGUUUGGCUAUUAAUAGAGGCAGUCAUACUUAGUGUAUAAAUUUGUAAUAUGUGUAUAUGUGUCCAUAAAUUUUGAUGCUGAAUUCAAAUAUGUUGGUCAGUUGAAAAUAAUCAGAAAAUUUCAAGCAUGUUAACCCGGAUCCAAGAAGAAUUGCAAUUGUGGCAUCCUGUGUUUAGCGGUUUUUCCUGACCGAGUGAGAUUAGGUCAUUGUGAAAAUGGACGUAAUGGGUGAUGCAUCUCCACAUGCUUCCAAUACAUCUCAUUCACAUCGAAAAGUUUCAGAAGCAUCAGUGGAAAGUGAAAGCUAUCAGACACAUCAAUUAACAUUGGAACGUAUGCUAAAUCCUGGUGUUUUCUUUCAAAGUGUACGUGAAACGAAAAAACAAAAUGCUGGUUUUCAGAAAUUGACUCCAUUGAUGACAUUGCAGCAGGCGUCUCGUGAUGGUCAAAUUAAUAUUGUGCGACAACAUAUUCACGCAAUCGGCAAAGACAAGAAGAAGUUGAACAGUAAAGACAAAGAACAGACAACUGCUCUGCAUUAUGCUGUACGCUAUGGUCAUUCUGCUAUUGUUAAGUUGCUGGUAGAGAAUGGUGCUAAUGUCAAUGUGCAGGGAGAAUAUGGUGCAACACCCCUUCACUAUGCCUCAAGAUACGUUUAUAAAGGUUCCAAGUCAAAUUUUUAUAGUCCCUUUCUUGAUGAUCAUUCUCAGAGUGGAACAAUUACAAAAAACAGAACCUUGAAAGGUAUUCGACAAUUAUUUGUUAGCAGGAAAUUCAGUAGCGGAAGAAAAGAGGAACAUGCUAGACGAAAAUCUGGAAUGACAUUUCAAAAGAGCUUGAGGUCGUUAGCUGAUUUAUCAAGAUUUAAAAACUUAUCUUUGUCGAAAAAUGCUUUGAAAUCUAAUGAAACUGUACAGCUACGAAAACUAAAACGACGGGAGACUAUUCACGAGUCUUUGGAACAUGUGGAAUGCACCACCCCGUUGUUGAUACGCGAUUCAGGGAACGAGCAUGCUUGCAGCAACCUCGAAUUAGUUCGUAUACAAAAAGAGAAAUUCAGCGAAGUGGACAGUUUAAAAAAACGAAGAAGUUUUGAUUACAAUUAUGAUGAGAGUAAUCCUGAAACACCCUGCAAAAAACCUGUUGUCAUCAUAGGCCAGCUGACUCAGCAAGACCACAAGAGCAUUAAAACUGUAGACGCUAUAAUACUGCCAGAGUUGAGAAGAUUUUCAGCUUAUCAUGAAUCAGAACCAAAUACCUCACUCAAGUUGUCAGUGUCAUUACCAGACAUCACAGAUAAUCUUUCAAAUGUUGAAGGCCAAGAUCACAUUGAUAGUUCGCAUUUAUUACCUAGUUAUAAAAAGAAAGAAUCAGGACGAUUUAAAGUUAACACUUUGCUAGAGCCACCAGCGUAUAAAAAAGAUUCAAUCGUUUUAUACUUAUUAGAACAAAAAGCAAAUGUAAAUGCAAAGGACUAUUAUGGUUCGACUCCUCUCCACUAUGCAGCUAUGAGAGGAAAUGUUGAAGCAGCACAACAAUUACUGACACAAAAGAAUAUAAACAUUGAGCUUCGAGAUAAAACAUUAAUGACCGCAUUACACUCUGCUGCAAGUUCUGGUUCAUAUGAGGUUUGCAAAUUGUUGCUGGAGCAUGGUAGUGACGUACGCUGUUCAGAUGAAGAGGAUAUGAGACCGCUACAUUUUGCAGCUAUGGAAGGACAUUUCGCUGUGGUUCAGUUGUUAUUCGAGCAUGGCGAAACAAAAGGUGGCUAUACACUUCUCGCAAAGAUGAUAAUGGAUCAAGAUCGAGAUGAGCAGACUGCUCUCCAUCUGGCUGUCGAAAAUGGCCAUAAGGAUGUUGUAAGGCUGUGCAUUGAGAAAGGUGCAAAUGUUAAUUUUGUAAAAGCUAAUUUAAUAACACCUUUGCAUUUGGCAUGUACCUCUGGUCAGAUCGAGAUUGUGAAAAUGCUGGUGGAGAGUGAGGCAGAUGUUGAGGCAAAGAAUGUGCUGCAAGAAACGCCAUUACACCGAGCUGCUUUAUUCAAUCGAGUCCACAUUCUUGAAUUUCUGCUAGACCAAGGUGCCGAGAUUGACUGUCGUGACAAGGACAAGGAAACUCCAUUGAUGAUGGCUGUAAGAAAAAAUAACGUGGAAACAGUUAAAAUCUUGAUGAGUCGAUCUGCAGAUAUAACUGUGAAAGAUAGUACGGAUAAAACUUGUUUGUAUGUUGCAGCGGAAGAAGAUAGUUUUGAAGCAUUUAGGCUUCUUCAAGGAAGCAAAGAAGUGAAGUCUCUUCUCGAAGAAUUUGAUAAGAAUGAGAACACUCCGCUUCACAUUGCUGCAAUGAAAGGUCACAUCAAAAUAACAGAGAUGUUACUGGAUAUGGGUGCAUGUAUAGAUACUAAAAAUGAUCAAAAUCUAACACCACUUCACCUUGCGGCAAAGUUUGGACAAUCGAGGAUAGUAAAACUAUUAUUGACGAGAGAUGUGAACAUAGUGAACGAUGAAGAUGAUGCGUCCAACACCCCUCUUCAUUUAGCUGCAUUGGAAGGUCAUGUACGAGUUGUUGAAAUACUUCUAGAAUGUGGAGCAGCUGUUGAUGCUAGGAAUGCAAUGUUGUGGACACCAUUGGAUUGCGCUGCAUCACGUGGUUGGACAUGGUGUGCGGAAUGUUUACUGGACGCCGAUUCGCUCACAGAUCCUGUUGACAAAGCAAAGACAACGCCAUUACAUCUCGCGAGCAAAGAAGGCCAUGUUGACAUGAUCAAGCUGCUACUUUCACGAAAAGCUGACAUAGCGAGGAAAGAUAAAUUUGGAAGAAACUGUUUGGACUGGGCAAUAGAAAAUAAUCAGAGAGAAGCUUCUAUGGCUAUUGUUGACAGUGAAUACUGGAUGAGUGCAUUGCGAAAUUGUACUGUUGAAGGGAACAAAGUGACCACACCCAUGAGAAAACUCAUUAAAAAGUUACCCGAUGUUGCUGAAAAAGUAUUCAACCAGUGCAUCAAAGGAAAUGGUUUGGCAAAGGAACACCCACUAUACGAAAUAUCGUGCACUUAUGAAUUCUUGGAAGAUACAUUCACAGAUUGGGGACCAAGUAUAUUCGAUUGUAUGGACCUCUCCACGCAGCAGCGGCAGCAAAUGAUUAAUCCUACCAGUGGUUACAACUACAAGGAGGAGAAGCCGUCGCUUUUAAAAAGAAUCGGUAAACUAGCGCUGCCUGGUUAUGUGAAGAAACAGUCGGAAAUCAAAAGAAACCACCCCUUGAAAUUCAUGGUUCAAAACGAACGGACAAGGUUGUUAUGUCAUCCGCUAGUGACGUAUUUACUACGUCAUAAAUGGCGCGCAUGCGGAAGAUACGUUUAUUAUUCCAAACUUUUACUCUUCAUAAUCUAUUUAAUGUGUUUGACUGGCUACACAUUGACCGUGACGGCAGACGAACACGUGCUGUCGUGCGAAACAAUGAAUGAUACCACCAAGUGUCGAUGUAAACCCCGGGUUGGGAAUUUUACCUACCCGAACUUACCGAAUGCUCAUACUAAAAGAUUUUUUAACAAUUUUGGUAGAUAUGCUGUUUUGAUACUUGGGAUCGUCAGUUUACUGAUAGAGUUUGGUAAACUGCUGUCCGAAUUACAUCAUUAUUUUAAAGUUCACAGAGCGAUUGAAUUGAUGUCAUACUCGCUCUCCAUCAUCUAUGUUUUAGAAUCGUUUUCAUUGCCGGAUGGAAGCAAAAUUGAGCUGUCACAACAUUCAAGGUGUACAAAUUGGCAUCGCAGUUUAGGUGCCACAACUGUUUGGUUGUCUUGGAUAAGUUUGGUUCUGUUCAUGAGAAAGUUUCCAAAACUUGGUAUCUAUGUGGUUAUGUUUACAGACAUUUUAAAAACGUUUGCUCAAUUCUUUAUGGUUUUUGCUCUGUUCAUCACUGCGUUCGGACUUGGUUUUCAUAUCUUGUUGUAUGAACAGAAACCAAUUGCAUUUGUAACACCAGCACGGGCAAUUCUAAAAACAACCAUGGGGAUGUUGGGAGAAUUUGAAUAUGAUUCUGUUUUUAAUGACGCUUACAAUCCGAUGCCAAUGGCGUGGAUUAUUUAUGUGGCGUAUCUUGUCAUCAAUUGCAUAAUUUUAAUGAAUUUGCUGGUAGGUCUUGCUGUCGAUGAUAUCAAAGGUGUUCAAGAAACUGCAGCUCUUAAACGCCUAGCUAUGCAGGUUGAUCUGACGCUCGACGUAGAAAAAGCUUUACCCUUGUCCGUUCAACGAAAACUUGUCAAGAUUGAAGAGCGUAUUUUACCGAACGCCGUCAAAGCAUGGAGCUUGUGGUCGUUUUGGUCAACAGCGCCAACUCUACCAUCAAAUGUUCAAUCGACUGGUGUGGAACAUCUGCGCAAACAACAAUUAGAAUUAAAAGAGAGUGUACGAAGUUUACGUUCAAAAGUAAAAACUUUAGAAGUUCAGAACAACCGAAUGGAAAGUAUGCUCGCUGCAUUAAUAAAACAUCAUAAUAUUUCUGUCGAAUAUCCAAGAAGACAUGAUAGAGAAUUGGCUUACACAAAAAUCUGAUCUUCCUGAAGGCCUUUUUACGUAGCUGCUCAACCAAGAUGGACGAUAUUUUGACCUGCCCUAUCAGAAGCCGGAACCUCACAUGUUUUGGUAGUAUAGUGAUAGUAGGGGGAAAUUAUUUAUAUAAAUAUAUUUAUUUAUA